CCCGCAGCCGCCUCUGACAGCGCCGCGCCCCCCCAGGGCAGGCGGGCGGCGGGGUGCUGCUGAAUCCCGCCCGGCCGCUCCAGCUCCUCUUGCCCCCCUGCGCGGCGCUCCGCGGGCUGCGGACACCAUGGGCGAGAGGGCGCCGCCACCAUGACCGCGGAGCCGCCGGCGCAGCUCCCUGCCAACCCCCCCGCGGACCAUGUUCCAUGCUUUUUUUAGAUCUAUCUUUUGGGUUGUGCCCCUGCUCCUUGUUCUGUCUCCAGUGAAUUCAUCUAGUUGUGCAAUGGGAAAUAAAACAACUGAAAUCCGUGUGAAGUAUGAGAAUAUACUAAGCUACGACAUCAAUGAGCUGGUAAAUAUGUCUGCAGAGUAUCGUGACAGGUGCUGCAAGAAUAAAAAACAUGAAAAUACCAAAAUGUUUUUCUGCAAUGAUACUCAGGAAAUAGAAUCACUACAGAGUAUGGCAUGUAACAUGCUCAGGUUCUUUCAUAAGCAAAAAAUCAGCAAAGACUUCAGAUGGAAAGCAGCACUAGUCUCAUGUGGGACAUUACAGGUCCUACAGUGCAAAUGUGAAAGACAUAAAAAAGAAAAGGUUUGCACACAGCUAAAUACACAUAAUAAAGAAGAUACAGAAACAGGUGAACAGUCCAAAAAGAAAUGUAACCAAGAAUUUUGUGAACUGAAAGAAAAUACAUCUAGCCUUCGAUCCUGCUGGAAUAAAUUUGAAAAAAUAAUUUCCAGGUGAUUCCAGGCGAAUCCUGCUUUUUUUUCCUAAGUGGCAUUAUCUGGUAUCUUUGCAUUCUACAUGCAUUCUUCGAGUAACUCUGCUCGCUUAUAUUGAACACUUUAUGCCAGAAUUCUGAUGGAAAGCUACCAUGUCUUCUUCCUGGAGAUGGAAUGAGCAGAAACGGCUAAACCAAGCUGCUGAAGUCCAAGAAGUGGAAAUAAAGGACCAGUGUUUGAAACAAAGGACUCUGCAGAGGGCUGUGUUCCACCUUCGUGCUCUGGAAACGGCUUUGAAUUUUCUGAUCUUUUGAGUAACUACAUUAUAACGUCAUACAAAAGCAAUCUAUUUACACACCUACUGCAAUUUAUAAAACCUCCUUAGAAGCUGCAGGUGAAGAAAACAGUAUGGAAAAGUAGCUGGUUUCCUUACAUCUAUAUAAAAUGCAUCAAGGACCAAAAGGAACAAUUUACCAAACAAACAGCACGUCUUGGUCUGUUCUGCUGAUGCAAUAAUGUUGUCAGCAUGGGUAUCUAAUGGGUCUGCAAACCGAUUAAUGUUUGGAAAAACGGAGAAAAGGUUAACUUUUUGAAAAACUUAAGAAGGGUACCGACUUUUGAGAGAUGUAGCACACGUCUACUGGCAAGACAGUGAGACCUACGGAAAGCGAGAAAGGAGAUGCCUGAAUGCAAGUUUGUUCAGCUGACUGGAAGCAGCACCAGCCUUAUGGGUUUGGUUAUCACGAAGUUCGCUGCAGGAGGAGCUAGAAUUUCUUGCCUUCAGAUUGUGAUUUCUUAUAUGCAAUUAUUUUACAUAACGUGUUUAACAUGUUAGACAAACGUGACAUAAAAUGUGUGAAUAUUUUCAGAGAAUAAUAUAUUGGCAUUUAACUAAUAAAGUGUUCAUAUUUAAUUUUGGAUAAAUAGAAGUAUUUUUAUAGUUGUUUAUAACUCUUUUACAGUUUCUUACUUUGAUAUUAUAACUCCUUUGGUAAUAAAAUAUUUGUCUCCU